AUGGAUGCUGUUGUGUCAAAUGAAAGCUCCGACGAAGGGAUUGAGGAAACAACUUCAGAUCUUCAUCUUCCCAACGGGCAUACUGUACAGUCCACACCUGUUCCAGAUGCAACAAUGCCGAAGACAGAUAGAUCGAGGCCACAAUAUGCAGUAAAGUACAUUCUGAGCGGACAUACUAUGGCAAUAUCCUCCCUCAAGUUCAGUCCAGAUGGCACCAUGCUAGCUUCGUCAGCCGCCGACAAACUGGUCAAGCUUUGGGAUGCUUACACAGGAGAGAUAUUGAGAACUUUUGAAGGCCAUACAGAAGGUGUCAAUGAUGUCUCCUGGUCCAACGAUGGGGAAUUUCUUGCUUCAGCAUCGGAUGAUAAGAGUAUUAUACUCUGGAGCUUAGAGACGAACUCUGCUGUGAAAACCCUUCUAGGACACACGAAUUUCGUCUUUUGCGUUAACUUCAACCCCCGAUCUAAUCUUUUGGUCACCGGGGGGUAUGAUGAAACUGUUCGCGUCUGGGACGUAGCAAGAGGGAAAUCAUUAAAGGUUCUUCCCGCCCACUCUGAUCCUGUGACCGCUGUCAGUUUUAAUCACGAUGGAACGCUCAUAGUAUCCUGCGCAAUGGAUGGGCUGAUACGAAUUUGGGACGCCGAAUCCGGACAGUGCUUGAAGACUAUCGUCGACGACGAUAAUCCUAUAUGUUCGCACGUCAAAUUCUCGCCGAACUCAAAAUUUAUUCUAUCAGCAACCCAGGACUCGACAAUCAGGCUUUGGGACUAUCAGAAGACACGAUGUGUCAAAACGUACACUGGCCACACUAACAGGACGUAUUGCUUGUUUACUUGCUUCAUUACUACUCGAGGAUCAUACAUAGUGAGUGGAAGCGAGGACGCAAAGAUAUAUGUGUGGGACUUGCAGAGUCGCGAAGUGCUACAGGUCCUCGAGGGCCACAGAGGUACAUUUCUCUACGCUCAGACUCAUCCCGUUCGUAACAUUAUGGCUUCUGCUUCAAUGGAGAAAGACCUUACCAUCAGGCUUUGGUAUGAUGAAUGA